GCUAUCAAUCCAUUCCACCGAAGAUAGUGAAGGUGUUCUGACGGGUUUUACUUCUCUACUGGCAAUUGCAAUGGAACGUUGGGAAGGAAAAGUUGCCGUGGUAACUGGGGCAAGUUCAGGUAUCGGCGCUGCAGCCACAAAGGCCCUGGCUAAAGCCGGAAUGAUUGUCAUCGGGUUGGCUCGCCGAGUGGAGCGUGUGGAAGCGUUGAAACUGGAACUGGAAGAUUCGAUCCAACACCGUUUGAAUGCAGUCAAAUGCGAUGUUUCGAAGGAGGAAGAUAUUCUGAAGACUUUCAAGUGGAUUGAGGAAAAGUUCGGUGGGGUCGAUGUGCUGAUCAAUAAUGCUGGCAUUUUCCGGAAGACUCAGCUGUUGAAACCAGAUAACACAACCCAGUUGAGAGAGGUAAUGGAUACUAACGUAAUGGGGUUGGUUUUAUGUACUCGAGAAGCCUACCAAUCGAUGAAGAAGCGAUCGAUUGAUGGUCACGUUAUUCAUAUUAACAGCGUCGCUGGACAUAAUGCUAGCUUUCCCGGCGUGAAUAUAUACUCGGCGUCUAAAUUUGCUGUAACAGCAAUCACCGAAACAAUGCGAAACGAGUUUAGAAGCGAAGGUACCAAAAUUAAGGUUACGAGCAUUAGCCCCGGUGUUGUAAAGACUGAAAUUCUGCCACAAGAAAUGCUUACGCAAGAUAUUCCGAUGCUAGAGGCAGAUGAUAUUGCUGACGCUAUUUUGUAUGUGUUGGGAACGCCUCCCAGAGUCCAGGUUCAUGAGUUAACAAUAAGGCCUGUUGGUGAGGCUUUUUGAUAUGAACUUUAUAACUUAUACUACCAGUAAUCAGUAUUUUGGACAACAAAAAUAUCGGCAGCCUAGCCAAACAAAUAUAUUUAAUAAAACAUAUCUUACACCUAUCAAGUCGCCCCCAAAGGGAGGCUACUUUACACCAAAAAGAUGUUUUUCAAAAUGAUAACUUCGUGAUUUAUUGUUAUCGAUUAUGCUCGUCAUUUAUGUGUAAAUGCAAAUGAAUGUCGUAACUGCACAAGAACUGCGUACCACGCAUCCAAUAACCUUGUUUUUGGAGAGUCAAUAAAUCCUACAAUAAAAAACAACAA